AUGACGGACCAGUUAAGUUUAAGAGACGAUGAGCUCUUGCAAAUCAAAUCAUCAUGGUCCACUGUCACCAGUGUCUACCAGAAGAAGAAGUUUAUUCCCACAUUAUACUCCAACUUGUUGGCUUCCAACCCUAGCUUGAAGCCCACCUUCGACAACAUUAAUGUGCUCGAACAGCAUCAAGUUAUCUUUGAAGAUAUCUUGAACUUUGUUGUUUCGCACCUUGGCCAGGGCCAGCAGAUUUUGGACGAGUUCCUCUUCCAGUUUGUCUGCGAAAACCAACAGUUCACCAACGAGUCGGUUUCUUACUUGGAGCCCAUGGGCUCUGCUUUCAUCCAAACCUUCAAGGAAUGUAUGAACAGACAAUACGACUCCCAGUUGGAAAGCGCCUGGAUCAGAGUGUAUAUCUUUGUUGCUAACAGCUUGCUCCUGAAUGCUGAAGACACCGAGUCUGACGUGGGCUCCACUUUCAGUGACGCCAAAUCCGAAUCGGUGUCGGAGGACGAGGUUCACAUUGCUCCUUUGAACAUCAAGAAGCAAGAAGAGGACGACGUGCCUCCUCGUGCUAUUCCAGUCACCAUUCCACAACCACAGCAACCAGCCCAAGAACAAACUCCAGAACCAGCACAGCCAAAGCAAACCGAAUUGGACAAGGCCAACACCAUCCAAUUCAGUUUGAACAGCAACGAGAAGUACAGAGGCUUCAGAAGAAAUAACGAGAACCUUGCCCCACAAAAGGAGCCUAUCUCGGUGAAGAUUCCCAGCUCAAACACCUUCCAGAAGGUGCACACCCCAGCCUCUUCCAACAUGUCGGCAUCUUUGUCUUCGUUGUUGGCUAAGAGCUCGCCAUCUUCUUCGUCUGCGUCUUCCUUGGCUUCUCCAAGUGCUCCUUUCGACCCAAGAAAGAGCAAGAGAUUCGGUCGUUCCCCAGUUUCUUCAAGUGCUUCCUCUAUUAAUGAAGAUUGCGAGGUUCCUUUGAAGUCUCCAUUGAGAGAACUGAUCACUGCUGAUUCCAUUCAAGACGCUCUUCAACAAGACCCUGUUGACCAGGAGACUGAAGAAGAAGUCGAGAUGGAAGAGCCAGUUGUUCCAGUUAAGGCUGCUGAUGAGCCACCUUCAUUACUCAGAAAGUUGCAAAUGAGACAGCAACCAAGAGUGGUUGAAUACUCCUCUGACGAAGAAGAAGAACAGGAACAGCAGGAACAACCAAAGUUCGACCCAAGAAGAAGACACAGAAGAAACAAGUCUAUCAUUUCUUCUCCUGAAUCUUCUGAAAUCGACGAGCAAGAGGAAACUACCAUCAUGAAGAAGGCUCAAAACAGCGUCUUCACUGAAGGAUUCGAGGAAAAGGAACUCCCAAGCGUUCCAGUCCCAAGACAAUACACCUACGAGCCAGCCAGUUUUGGUAUUCGUGGAUUAGCUCCAAUUGUUGAAGCUAACGACUUCGAUGAAAAGUCCUCCAAGUACGAAUCGGAUAUUGAAGACAAUGCUUCAUCCAACUAUGGAGGUGAUGAAAGUGUUGAUAGGUCCUCCACCGAUGAAGCAAGCUCUGGAGCUUCUACUUUGUCUUUGCAUAAUAGUGAUUACCGGUCAUCUAUCAGUUCUGGUACCGAAGGAUCGCCAUCCCCAGUCAUGAACAAGUUCCAAAUGGAAGGCACCACUAGAACCAUCUCUCAAUCCAGUGAGGUGAGUUACAUGAAACCUUUAUCAGAACAAAUUUCCCAAACCAAGCUUAGAGCUUCGUUCACUAAUACCCAUAGCUCCUCAGCUAGUUCACUUUUGUUGAGUCCUAAGAACAGUCAAUCUGCUUCCAGAGUGUCUUUAGGAUUCAUGAGAAGUUCAUUUGUGUUGAAGAAAGAAAUGGAAACCCUUGGCUUCAAUGAACCAGAGAACGUUCUUGUCAAGCCACCUACCAUUCCAGCUGCCAUGUCGUCUGUGCAAUCCUUGCCAAGCCAACGCCAGUCUUACAGCACCACCACUUUGACUACUCAAAGUAGUGAUGAGGACUGUUUUGACAUGUUGAACGCUUUUGGCGAAGGAAGCAAGACUCCACCUCAGUUGCAACACAGAGCAUCCAGCAAGAAGUUGAACAGACACGGUUCUGUUUCCAAGGAACCAAACUGUUCCAACGCCGAGAUUGCUGCCUUGAAGUACAAAUCUAUGGUGAUUGACCCACCAAGAGAAAGAAGAUCGUUCAGAAAGAGACUCUCUUCCAUGUUCGGCUCCAAGGGCUCCAGCGGUAACGCCUCCUCUUCCAGAUCAUCUACAUACGGACAAAGAUCCACCAUGAACAACUCGGUGAGUGACUUGGCCUCCAUCAACACUGUGGAGACCAAGGGAUCCAGUUUCUCGGGAUUCUCCUUCUUGUCGAGCUCGAGAAGAAGACAAUCCAUGGAUACCAGAACCACCAUGUCCAGCACCAGAAAGGGCAACAAGUACGUUGUCAAGUCCAGUGCCUACGAUGUUUUUGCAUAA